AUGGAAGUCGCGGAAGCGCAAUUUUUGGAGUCACUACACAGCCUGACCACCGCUAAAGAUAAAAUUUUUGAAAUCUCAUCAGUGAUGAUUUCCCAUCAAACAACAGCGGCUAAGCAUCUAGUUUCAGUAUGGCUUCGUGAAUUUCGAAAUUUUUCUGAAGAGAAAAAGAAGCUUGCAUUGCUAUUUGUCAUGAAUGACGUUCUAAUGAAAAGUUCUCGAGAAACCAGAAGUGAAGAGUACUUAAAAGAGUUCACUGCUAUAAUUGACGAUAUAUUGCAAGCCAUGAUCGAAUAUAAAAGUGAACAAUUUGUUGAGGAAUUUAGAAAAAUCGUGAUGGUGUGGGAAAAACCGGGUGGUCAAGCACGGAUGCCAACCCCUCCACCCCCUAAUAUAUAUGGAUCCCACCCCCACCCCCUAUGUUAAUAGAUCCCACCCCCUCCACCCCCUCUAUCAUAUAGGUAAACAUAUAAGUAUAAAAUCUUACAAAUAGGACAUACAAUAAAAUUUUAGUUAAUUCAUAAAUGGAUUCAUAAAUAGAUUCAUAAAUAAAUAUUAAUGAUCAUAAGUAUAUUUAGCAUAGACUGAUAUAGCCAAUAUAUUAGUAAUAUAUUUAAAAUAAAAUAAUUGCAAAAAACUUGCUACAUAGAAAGGAAUCAAUAAAUGACUCAAAAAAUAUUUUGAUAUCUCUAUAAAGUCUUUUACUCCCCCCAUUUAAUAACGAACACUUUUUUAGUUCGUUAUUAAAUGGGUCUAACUUAUAAAAUUCUUGGGAAAAAAAAAUAUAUAAAAUUUAUAUUAAAUAUCUAUGAUUUUUUAUAUAAAAAUUUCAAUAAAGGGUUAAUAAUAAAAAAGUCAAAUGAUGGCAACAUAAAGAGAAAGCGCCUAAAUUCAUGCGAAAAAAUAACUAUUGCUAACUCCUCCCUCCGUGAGCGAACAAAACCAUUAGAAAAGUCCCUCACUCUUCGUGAGCAAACAAAAAUUUUUUUUAAUAGAAAAAUUUUUUAUGGAAAAAAGUUUGAUAUAUAAGCGAUAAUUAUUAUAAUGAAAUCUCUGCCUAAUUCUUUUUAAUUUUAAACAAAUUGCGUUUUAAAACAUAAAUUUUACAAAUUCAAUUAAUAUUUGCUUUCAAAUUUUUGCGAAUUAGGAUUUUUUUAAAUUUCGUAAAAAUAAUAUUUCUAUAAAUUUAUAUAUAAAUUUUUUAAAAAAAAAUUAUCUCCUUCGUCAGCAAACGAGAUUUUUUUGUUCUCUUACGGAGGGGGGAGUAAAGCACAAUCUUAAGAUUAUGCCACUAUUAGCUCUUAUUUAUUAUUCUUUGCUCGAUUAUGCUUGUCUUUAUCUUACUUUAACUACUUAAAAUUUAGUAAACUGUAAAGACUAAAUUAGCUUAUAUAAAUUUUUUGUUCGGUAUUAAAUGGGCCUAAGGAAAAUUUUUAGGAAAAAAAAAAUGACUGUUUUGUUCGUUAUUAAAUGGCGGGGGAGCUAGCCUGCAUUCUUUGGAAAUUUUUUGACCUUUAUAUGAUUUAAAACACGAGGUAUGUGCUUGAAGGUUCAUUGAAAAUAUGCUUCCUCGCUAGCAAACUGUAUCCGAUUUUUUUUAUCAUCCCUUGACUUUGAAUUUUUUAUGCUGUGAGCAAUUAAUACGUUUUAUUUGCCUUUAAUACAGUUUACAUUAUAUAGGAGGGUGGGGGGUGGGGGUGGGGGUGCCAUCUAUUAAUGGAAUGGGGGUGUGGGUGGGAUCCAUAGAUGCAAGGGGGGUGGGGGUGUGAUCCAUACAUACUAUCUGAGGGGGUGGGGGUGUGUAGGAAAAAAAUAGCCACACCGCUGGCACACCGGUGUCACAUCUGUGGCACAUCUCUAGUACAUAUCUAGCACACCAUUUUACACGAUACGCACACCGCUGUCACAUCUGUAGCACCUCUAAAACCCACAGUAAGCACCUCAGACACACUGUUGUCACCCGUAGGCACAUAGCUGACACACCUAGACCCACUAUAGGCGCAGCAUAAGCACACCAUGGGCACACUAUACCCACCAAAUAGUAAAAAAUUGCAGACACAUCAUAAGCACACUGUAGGCACACUAUAGGCACAUCAUCGACAUAUAAGCACACUAUAGGCACACUAUAAACACAUUAUAGGCACACCAUGACCCACUAUAGACCCACUAUAAACUCAUUAUAGGCACACCAUGACCCACUAUAGACACACUCUGGCCCACUUAUGGCACCAUCCACCUAAAACAUAGACCAAAAUUAAAACCUGGAUUUUUCAAAUUAACUGAAGAAUUAAUAAAUUAAUUAAAAAAAUCUUGUAUUGGAUUAGAAAUUAUUGAAUGAAGUAAUGAAAGAAUUAUUGAAUAUGUAUCGAUUAUUAUUAUUGAUUAUUUAAAAAUUAUUAUUGAAUGAUAAAGAAAAUAAUGAAAUUUUAAGAAAUUAUGAAAAUAUUAAGAGUAUUAUUUUUGCAAAAUAAAGAGAGGAGUAAGGCUUUUUAUAUAAUUAAAAUUAAACUUAAAAUUAAAAUUAAAAUUAAAAAAUCUAAUAAAAUCUAAUAAAAUUAUGCUGAAAUAAUAUUUUUUAAGAGCUCAUCAUAAGACUCCUUCUUAAUCUUUUUUAAACAAAUGCAUUCAGCUUGAUAAAAAGGCUGAGGAAAAUCGUGCUUAAAUGAUCCAUGCAUUGAAAUCUUGAAGAAGCCUCUUUCUGGAGGACCAUGAACAAUAACUGGAAUUAGAAAUAGAUCUUCUAUGCCUGCAGUUCUUCUAUAAAGUAUUUCUCCAUCUUGAACUCUGAUUGAUUUGUUAAGUAAUCCAUAAAAUAUAUUCCAUUGUUUUCUAUCUUUUGAUUAAACUUUUCAAUUUCUCUCUCAUGCUUUUUUUUUUUUACAUUCUCUACAACACUUAAAAAAACCUGCUCAUUAGUUUCAAAAAACAAGAUUUCUGGUCUAAAGCCAGUUGUUUUGUGCACUUUUUGCUUGUUAUAAUAAGUCAUAAAGUAAUCAAUUGCUAGAUCCAGGUUAAAAUAUUGAUCCAUUGACAAACUAUAUUUUAUAAAAGAUUUUCUCAAGCUUGUCCAAAUAGUUUUAUUGGCUCUUUCAACGCAACCUUGGCUUUGAGGAUGAUAUGGCCUAGGAUUAAUUGAAUGUUGCUUUGCUUUAUCGAGUUUUCAAAUUCACCCUUAAACUCUGUUCCAUUAUCUGUUUGAAUGAUUUGCGGGGUUUUUUUGCAUGUCGUGCAUAUAUUUUUCUAGUUGUUGUGCUGUUGUAACUGCCUUUUUAUUUGCUAUUUUAUAGAGUUUUAUAUACUUUGAAAAGUGGUCAAUAAAGCUUAUUAAGUAUUUGCUUUCAGUAGGUACAACUAGGGAUUCUACAAUUUGUUUUGGGAUCUUUCAUAGAUCUACCUGAACUCUUUCAAGUGGCUUUGUUGAGAUUAUUAACUCUGGUGGUGCACUAAAUACCUUGGCAUGGGUAAUCGAGCAAACGGGACAUGAUGAGAUUACUAUUUUCGUGUCAUUUCGAAUAGAUUCUCAAUAAAAUCCAUUUUCUUCAAUAAGCUUGACAGUUUCUUCAACAGCCAAGUGCUUAUUUAAGUAGUUUAUGAAAAGUUUUUAGAAUAUUAUUCAGUUCUUCUUCGUAUGGGAUUCUCUUUAGGCUAUUUUUCAAAUUAUAAAAGAGGGACGAUUGACUUAAUUCACACACAUUUGCUGGAAUGUAUUUAUAGUUUUUUAUUAAUUGAUCUUUUUCAUUCAAAGAUCUUUCUCUUUUGGUUAGGAAUAUUUGGAUCAGCCAAUCUUUCUGGAAUAUAAUGAGUAUUGCUAAAGUAUUUUAAGACUUCAGCGUAUCUAUUAUCUGACAUAGGCUUGCUUGUUUUUGGGUAUUUAGGCAUUUUUUCGAUAUUCAACUCUUGAGAUAAGUUUUGGCUUAUACUCCUAUUUAAAUCAUUAGACAGAAGUACUUCUACUGCUUCUGUAGCUAAAGUACUGUAGAUUUUAUUAUGGUGUUGGCUCUGAUUUUGUGAAUUUUGAUCUUCCGACAACUUCUGAAUGUUAUUCAAGUGCAAUUUUUCAUUCUUUUCUUCACUGUCAUCUUUCUUUAUAAUUGAACCUUCGAUCUUUAUUGGUUGAUUUAUAUCAGCUUUCCAAGAUAUUAGCUCAGCAAGCAACUUUUCAUUUAAAUCGGUAUUUUCAUUUGAGAUUGGCGCCUUUUUCAAAGGAAAGAAAUCCAUACUUUCUUGAUUGCAUAGCGAUAAUAUUUGAUUGCUCUUUGAGUUUGGAGCUUGCUUAGACUUGCCAUUAGCCAAUUUAACUUUUUUUGUAGGCCUGAUAGCCGGAUCGAUUUUCUUCUUCGUCUAUUUUUUAAAUUUUUAUUAUAGUUAAACUUAAUCUCUUUAAACUUUUGGAUUCAUGAAAAAUAAUCUUUAUCUUCUGUGUAUAUAGUAUGCUAUAAUGAUCUAUAGUGUUUCAUAGGGUGCCAUAAGUGUGCCUAUAGUGGACUAGAGUGUGUUUAUAGUGGGUCAUGGUGUGUAUAUAGUGGGCCAGAGUGUGUCUAUAGUGGGUCAUGGUGUGCCUAUAAUGAGUUUAUAGUGGGUCUAUAGUGGGUCAUGGUGUGCCUAUAAUGUGUUUAUAGUGUGCCUAUAGUGUGCUUAUAUGUCGAUGAUGUGCCUAUAGUGUGCCUACAGUGUGCUUAUGAUGUGUCUGCAAUUUUUUACUAUUUGGUGGGUAUAGUGUGCCCAUGGUGUGCUUAUGCUGCGCCUAUAGUGGGUCUAGGUGUGUCAGCUAUGUGCCUACGGGUGACAACAGUGUGUCUGAGGUGCUUACUGUGGGUUUUAGAGGUGCUACAGAUGUGACAGCGGUGUGCGUAUCGUGUAAAAUGGUGUGCUAGAUAUGUGCUAGAGAUGUGCCACAGAUGUGACACCGGUGUGCCAGCGGUGUGGCUAUUUUUUUCCUACAGGUGUGAUCCAUACAGGGGGUGGGGGUGUGAUCCAUACAGGGUUGGGGGUGUGAUGUAUACAUCCAAACUGGGGGGGUGGGGGGGGUUGGCAUCUGUGCUUGACCAACCGGGGACUUCUAUUUUUGUCCCAGCCUUUACUGCACAAUUGAAAAAUAAAAUCCAAGAAACUAUUAAUAGUAUACAAGACGAGAAAUCAGGUGCAAGCGUAAUUCAGGAAUUUGAGAUUACAAGGAAAUUGGCUGAUCUUGAGUCAAAACAUGAAGAAAAUUUAGAGUUGGCUAAGCAGCUUGAUGGAUUAUGCAAGGUUAUGGACCAAAGCUCACUAGCUUGAAAUACAGCUGAUAUUAAAAGCCAGCUUUUAGAGUAUCGAGGGAAGUGUGAGCUUGAGCUGAUAGAGAGAUCUAACCUCUUAAUGAUGCUUUCAAGAACUCUUGAAGAAGAAUAUCAAAAAUAUAUAAGUUUUCCUGAACGCUUAGAAGCUCUUAAUAAUCAAUAA